AUGAAGACAGACUCAACAGCUGACGAUGAGGCCAAAGCUGUUGCUGUAAAAGACCUGACCACGCAGUUUAAUCUCAAGUGGCACUCAACGCGAAUAGAAAAAAUAGACGCAACAAAAAUCUUCUCGCUCAGCAGUGUUUUCACCCUGUCCGCUGUGGCCAGCGUUGCUUUGGCUGCACCCCAGGAUUCGUCGCAGCUGCGUCUGCGUCGCGAUGUCUCCGAGCUGCUCUCGAUGGAUGCCAGCGUUCCCUUGGAGUAUGUGCCGCCGGCAAUGGAUUCGCUGCUGCCAGUGGAUGGAGAAGUGGAGGAGCCGAGUGCAGUGCGCGGCGAACAGGGAUACGAAUAUCGCACUGUGCGUCGCCUGAAGCUGCGUCAUCGCAAUCGUCGCGAUGUUUCCCAUCUGCCUGCUACCCAAUAUCUGCCGCCGCCAAGCAACAAGUAUCUGCCGCCAGGAGCAGAGGGAGCCCCAGCUACAGCUCCAGCUGCUGCUCCUGCUCCCAUCGAUGAUACCGAGGAGGUUGUCGCUGCCGCUCUGCCCAAGGUGGCACGUGACUAUCUGCCGCCAGUCAGCACUGAGGCAGCGCCCCAGCUGGAAACUGAAGCGCCAGUCGUCGUCGAGGAGGAGGAACAGCCUCAGGCAGAUGUGCCCACAGCUGAGCUGCGCGACGAUGGCUAUCACUACAAGCAACCCAUGGAGGACAUGCAGUUGCAGCUCAAGCAGGCCGCUCCAGAGUAUCUGCCACCCCUUGGAGAUGAGGUCGUAGUCGACGGACCCGUCGAUGGCGAGAGCGCUGUCCUCAACAGCGAUGGCUAUCAAUAUCGCGCCAUUCGCCGUUUCAGAUUCUAA